AUGGUCAUUGCCCGUUUGUUACCACGGACGCUCCUUGAACUGGGAAGGAGAACAACGACCCCCGGCAAUAGGUUGCUGGGGGACUUCCCCACUCCUCCAUCUGGAAACAGAUAUAACCCGCGACCCGCCAGUGUCCAGUCACAAUCACUUGGUCAGUGUAGAUUCACUAUGGUCAGCCAAAUCGUCGUUGCUCUGUGUGUGGUGGUCGGGCUCGCCUCUCAUCAUGUAUACGCUCAGUGGUCGGGCAUGAAUCAGGGACAAGGCCAAGGUCUUGCUCAAGGUCAAGGUCAGAUGGGAGGAUUAGGCGGAAAUGCAUGGGGCGCGAACCGAGGUCAAGCUCAACUAGGUGGAUGGGACAACAGUGCGUGGAACAUGGAUCAGGGUGAUGGAUUUGGUCAAGGUAUGGGUCAAGGCCAAAGUCAGUUUGGUGGAUGGGGCAUCGGUGCUUUGGGCAUGGGACAAGGAGGAUGGGGACAAGCACAGCCUGCUGGUUUAGGAAUGGGCGGCAUGUUCCAGCAAGAACCCAAUCAGUAUAAGACCUGCAUCGCCAAGAACUCGAAUGGGGACGAGAUGAAAGUCACCUUCAGCAGAACUCGCAUCUCCUCCAACCAAGCGGCAACUCUCCAGGGUCAGUUCCAGUUGGUCGUCACUGAAUUCUCUCGCACUGAAGAGGUGUGUUCCAGCCGUGCUCUCGGCGACAUCCUGACCGACCGUUCCUGGUGGAGCCAGUCCCGUACUCCCCGCGGCAUCGUGGGCACCCCCGUCACCAUCUACCAGGGACAGACCGCCACCUCCUCCGAGACCGUGGAGAACCUGUCCUUCGAGGAGCUGACAGGUCGUGGACUGGCUCUGUGUCCCUCUCACCAGAUCUCUGGGUCCACCUGCAUGGACGCCAUCCCUCUGUGCUGCAAGAUCGGCUUCGACAGUCAGCCUGCAACCACCCCAUUCACCAACCAGAACCAGCUCUUCGGCCAGGGACUUCUCGGCAUGCAGAACCCAGGUGGCAACAACGGCAAUGGUGGCGGUUUCGGACAAGGGAUGCCUGGCGGAAUGGGAGGCGGAAACAUGAACACUGCAGGCGGGCAAGGACUGCAAGCUGGUAUGAACCAAGGUCUCCCAUCUGGUAUGAACGGCGGUAUGAACCAGGGUCUUCCUUCUGGAAUGAACGGCGGCAUGAACCAGGGUCUCCCAUCUGGAAUGAACGGCGGUAUGAACCAGGGUCUUCCCUCUGGAAUGAACGGUGGUAUGAACCAGGGGUUCCCAUCUGGAAUGAACGGCGGUAUGAACCAGGGUCUCCCCUCUGAAAUGAACGGUGGUAUGAACCAGGGUCUUCCCUCUGGAAUGAACGGUGGUAUGAACCAGGGGUUCCCAUCUGGAAUGAACGGCGGUAUGAACCAGGGUCUCCCCUCUGAAAUGAACGGCGGUAUGAACCAGGGUCUCCCAUCUAGACUGAACGGCGGUAUGAACCAGGGUCUCUCCUCUGGAAUUAACGGCGGUAUGAACCAGGGUCUCUCCUCUGGAAUGAACGGCGGUAUGAACCAGGGUCUCCCCUCUGGACUUAACGGUGGUAUGAACCAGGGUCUCCCCUCUGGAAUGAACGGCGGUAUGAACCAGGGUCUCCCCUCUGGAAUGAACGGCGGUAUGAACCAGGGUCUCCCCUCUGGAAUGAACGGCGGUAUGAACCAGGAACCUCUACCCGGAUUGAACGGUGGUUUCUAA